AUGAAUGCACGGGGUUGGGAGUCGACCUCGUCCAAGGAUAGAGCAUUGGAGAACAUGCUGUUCAAGUUUGGGACGGACAUGCCGACCACCAUCGAUCUCCAAUCGGCCAUCGAUUGUUGCGACGUGUUGUGCCGAUAUGCGCUUCAGUAUGCCAGUCAUGCAGUAGACGACACCAGCGAUAUGGACAUCCCAACGCCCAUUGGAGACGAGCAGGCUGAGGCGCUCGAGAGGGCGAACCUUCAGGCAAUCCGGACCUUGAGCUCGACCAUGCUGAUUGGACUUCAGCAUUCUGGCCGUGGGACUGACGGGGCGAGUGGCAGUGGAAUCGAGGACCCUCUCCUUCAGGCGGCGAUUGACAGAGACAUGGGCCAUGGCGAGGACGAGCGAGGGCCUCAUUUUGGACCGAACGCUGCGACGAACGAGAUGAAUCACGAGUUGGCCAAGUUAGCUGCGGCGAUCUUUCAGCUGGCGAUCCGGAUAAAGGCCUGGGUGAACAUGACCCCUGCUGAGCGAGUCUUGGACGAAGAGAUCAACAUCAUUCGCGGCAAACGGUGUCUCUUUAUGGACGGCACUACCACCAUUCCUAUGCCAGCUCUGGAUGUUCAACAUCAGCAUCAGCAUGCCAAAGACUGGGCUUUGGCGUAUACGCAUGCGCAGACGACCUUGCAGGGCUUCCAUGGGCGAGGUGGUCAGGGCCAAUUCGAGCGCGACUACUCCAAGCAAGACCACCGCCGCCCGUCGCAGCAAGGGUCCUCAUUAAUGCGGCCUGAAAGCAGGUCGUCCUCGUCGAUAUUGACAGAUCAAGGGAUGGCGAUGGGGAGACACAAGCAGACGGGUAUGACGAGCACGGAUUCCAACGGAGGAGGCUCCACUAGUGGCAGAAAUGGUGGAGAUGGCGGUAGCCCUGGGUUCAAGUCUGAAGGAACCGAUCGAGGCGAGAACACUCCUCCUCCAAAGUAUCGCAAGCGAGCCAAGCGGACUCAUCCUCCUGGAAGAUGUCUUUCCUGUCACGCUUCUGACACGCCAGAGUGGCGCCGAGGUCCAGAUGGAGCACGGACACUGUGCAACGCGUGCGGACUUCAUUAUGCAAAACUUCUGAAACGUCAACACCAACAGGCGCUACAGGGACAAAACCCGGAGCAUAUGCAAUUCAAUGUACCAGUGUUCGCCCACCAGCGCACUUUCCCUCUAGUAUCAACAGCAACUUCGGGUUCGGAAGGAGCUCGGACGAAGGGCAAGAGCAAGGAUGAGGAUCAGGACGAAGAGAUGGAGGUCAUCAACGACAACGGUAGUAGCGGCAGUGGAGGCAAUGGUCCGGAGCCCAUGGAUCAGGAAGAUCGAUCUGGUUCUUCUUCAUCUUCGUAG